UUACUUGUCGGUAGUAAUGUCCUAAGUCCUAACCAAAACAAAAACGCACACACAAAAAAGAAAGAAACAGUAGAGAAUUCCUAUGAUAUAUCCAACCACCAACGGUUUCUGUUUCCUAAGUACUUAAUAGUACAACAACUAACAACCUAUUUUCCCCCGAAUUUCCCACAAACAUGAAAACAGAGCACUCCCACAACAAUAGAAGACUAACACCAACAAUCGUUAAAUCAGCAAAACCCGCGGCGUAUUUUAUCCUCCUCUUGCUAACUUACAUCUUGGGUUACUUAUCCCACCCUUCUUCCACCUCAUUACCUCCGCCACCUCCACCGCCACAACCCAUUCUCCGGUUUUCCGUUGAUUCCACCGAACUCGAUCCUUUCCGAGUCACGACUCGUUGCACCAAUCCAAUUCCACCGGAAACUGUUCGCCGGACGCUGAUCGACCGUCUCUUCAACGGAACCUCGCCGUUUCACGAGUUCCCGCCGGCGCACGCCGCGAAUAAUCUCCGGCGAACGACGAGGAUCAAAGGAUGGGGCUCCAGUGGCGCUGUUUUCGAGAACCUGAUUCGCAAGGUGAGGCCUCGAACCAUCGUGGAAGUGGGCACGUUCCUCGGUGCUUCGGCGCUUCACAUGGCUGAGUUGACUCGCCAACACGGUCUGGACACCCAGAUCCUCUGCAUCGAUGACUUUCGCGGUUGGGCCGGGUUUAGGGACCGGUUCAAAAAAAUACCGAUGGUAAACGGCGACGUUUUGCUCUAUUACCAGUUUCUCCAAAAUGUGGUGACAUUUAACCAAACCGAAUCGGUUUUACCCGUACCGUUUUCAAGCGGGUCGGCACUUAUGGAGCUUUGUGAAUGGGGCAUAUUCGGGGAUUUGGUAGAGAUAGAUGCGGGUCAUGACUUUUUAUCGGCUUGGUCAGAUAUAAACCGCGGUUAUCGGAUCCUCCGACCCGGUGGAGUUAUAUUCGGGCAUGAUUAUUUCACUGCCGCGGACAAUAGAGGGGUUAGAAGAGCCGUUGAUUUGUUUGUCCGAAUUCACAAUCUGAAGGUAAACGUUGAUGGACAACAUUGGGUCAUUUACACCACCUGAUUUCUAUUUUUCAUCCUUUAUUAUUAUUUUUUUAAAACCUCUAUGUGGGGUUUGAAAGUUACAGUUCAUGCUAUUGAUAUCAAGAAAAGAAACUAUCGUUGAAUAAGGUGAUUUGAUUUUUAGGGUGUACAGAAUGAAAGGUUCAAUUCGAGGAAACGAGUUGCGAACUUUAUUAUUAACUGUUCUUUGUUAGUCAAUGUCAAGUUUCAGCUUCAGUAUCCUUUUCAUUACUUUGAGAUAUAUAUAACUA